AUGCCGGCGGACCGCUUGCUAGGCACUCUGCUGAGAGCGCUCCAGACAUACACUGAGCAGGAAGACACGCCGAGGUUGUUCGGCACUGCCUCGUCUCUACUCACGACUUUGAACAAUCCGCUCAAUGUCACGCUCCUGACAGGUCAAUUGUUGUCAGCACCAGCAAUAUGGCUAAGACCGGAAGGCUUGCGAACAUGCAUGCGAUGUUUGAGUGUCUUUCAUACGGCGGCACAAGCACUUCUCAAGCAUGAGGACGCUUUGAGGGAGAAGGGUCCGGAUCAAGACCUUGUAAACUUGCAGCCGGAGCGAACUUUGCCAAAGGAUGAGUGGAUCAAGGCUGCGCUCAGCGGAGCCGACGAGCACUCUCCACGAUGGAGACACAUCCUGGUCAUCGCAGGUCUACUACUUGGCUUUGGUCGGCCGGAGGAGGAGAAUCUUAGUCGAAACAUGCGCAGUACGCUCGAGACCGCGCUGAUCACUGCUACGAACCUCGCGCUGGAGGAGACUCUCGAAGACGAUGAGCUCGGAAUGGCCUCCAUAACAUUGGCACUGAACCAUUGCUUCCCAUACCUCCCGGAUCACGAACGAUCACAGAUAGACUAUGAUCUUCUGUUGCCGGUCUUGGUACGUUCUACACUACAUUCGAGCGAAGGGUUGCAGUCUGCAUAUUUUCUGGGCGCUCUCGAUCGGGACGUCCUACUACAGCAUGAUGACCACCUGCAAUGGAGCGAGCAAUCAACAUCAUACCAGCAAAUUCAGGCAAUGCUAUCGAGUCCAUUGAUAGGAUCGCUCGGACCGUUGGCGCGACUAAUCGGCCAUUCCGUCGAACAAGCAAACGAGUCCUGGCUCGUCACUGCAGUCUUGAACGACAUAGAGACAUUCGCCAGAACGCUUCACACCCAAUGGAGACAGAACAAGCUGUCUGGAGUGGAGACCACUGAGCAACAACUACGGCUCAAUGAGCGCACAUUGAACAUCACUGUACCGACCCUUUGGAGGUUGCUGCAAUCCAUAAUGUUUGCGAGCGUCAUUGUCCUACGCAGUGCGCUCGGUCGCCUGCUAGGCGAUAUCAUGCUCGCGAACGAUUCCACGGCGCCUACCAUUGCAAAGCAAUCGUUGUACAUUCUACGGAACCUAUACUUCAUUACAACGCGACAAGGAUCAGCAACGUUCUCGCAAUACAACUUCGUCUCGUACACAGCCAUGGAUAUCCUUGGCCAGUACCCGUUGGAAGCACAGUCUUUCUUGCGAGAUAUACGUCCUGCAUUCGUCGGAACCGUAGCCGAACAUCCUCUAGAACGGAAUUUGGACCUCUUCUUCCUCAAUACUGCUGAACAUUUUACUCUGGUACUACCUCCGCAUGUCAGCGAAGAACUCCUCUUGCCCACUGUCACCUGCUACCUUGCCGCAGGAGGCAAAGGGCAACUCCUGCCCAUCUUCGAAGCAGCACACAGUGUCACUUUGGCAGUGUUCUCGGCGCCGCAGAAUGCGGAUGCCACUAUCAAGAACCUGCCACUCUACGUGGACUCCCUGUUCAAAGUCUUCCCACUGAACCUGUCGGCUCGGCAAUUCCGUUUAGCUUUCAAGACGCUGCUGAAGUUGACCUCGCCGCCAUCUUCAUUGUCACUGUCUCAGCCAAUGAUGCCCGCCACAUUGCUGGAGCUACUGCACGAUCGAGCGCUGCAUAGUUCAACCACGCCAAUACCUGUACAUCCGGGUACAGCAGAAGCCGCCGUUGAGGCGCCUGUGCCGCUGUCCGAGCAGGCAGUACUGACUCUGACCGUACUUGAUGGCUUGACGCAGGUGCCGUUGGAUUUGUUAGACGAGUGGUUACCUCUAACCGCUGAGAUGAUUCAUAUGAUCCAAGAUGCGGGCAUGCGUGAGCAUUGUAAGCAACACUUCUGGCAUAUCCUAACGGGCGGUGAGCUUGAUCCGGAACGGAGUAGAGUAUGCCAUGCGUGGUGGAGCACUGGAGGCGGCAGAGAAUGGAUCUUGUAUGGCAGCAAUGAGGACGAUGAUACUGCAUUAAUGAGUGGUGGCUUUCAAGGAGGCCAGGAGAGCAAGCUGUAG